AUGGAGGAUGAAGAUGGUACUUGUUUACUGGAUGUUUUGUGUGACCCUCAAGCCCUAAAUGAUUUUCUUCAUGGGACAAAUGAGCUGUCAAGUGGAGACUUACUCAUUAAUACAUCCUCUGGAGAACCAUCGCUCUUCACAGACACUCCGAGCCCUGCAUCUCUGUUAGCAGAUGAUGCUAGUUCUCAGGAGACUCCCGGAUCUGGCUGUGUGGAUCUCUCCUUUCUAGAGGAGGCUCUGCUUGCAUCACCAGCAUCCUCACCCGGAAGAGGCAGUCUAGAGGAGCUGCAGGAACAUCCUAAUGUCCAAACCGUGGAGCAGCAGAAAGAGAUCUGUGACAUUCUCCAGCAGAGUCUACAAGAGGCAGACAUCACUGAGGACACUCUGGCAUUAGAGGCAGGUCUUGCCGAGACCUCAGAAACUCUCGCUCUCUCUGACGCAUCCAUUGCAACGUCGUAUCUCUCCAAACCACUGAGCAUCCCUGGUUUAAUCUCAUUACCAAAGGACACCCAAACUGCAGUGGAGCCUCCACAGCCAUCUUUAUUAGCUGUCGGCCCAGGCUGCCCUUCACUCAAACCUACAGGAGCCCAGCUCAUGAGUCUGCUUCCUGGGAAUGUCUUCCCAACACCUCCACUUGAGGCACCCUUUUCUAUAAAUUCAGCACAAAGCACCAGCAUGAUUAUCCAAAAGUCCCUGCCGAGUCUCGUAGGUCGCCAGAUGCUGACCUCCACUGUUAGAUCAGUUACUCCAUCGGGGAUCAUGUUACAAAAAAUGCCUCAACCCAUUCAGCCUAAGUUACCGGUCAACAUCCAGCCGAGGCUUGUACAGAUCAGUCCCAGGCCAACAGGACAGAAACCUUUGCCUGGCAUUGCCUUCAUCUCAGCAAACACAUCACAGAGUGUCUUGUUCUCCCCUUCUGUUGGUCCCAAGCAAGCACAGUCCGCAGUGAGUGUCAACAAACCUGUUAGCUUCAAUCUAGUGGGUCAGGGAGGCCCCAUUGUUCUUCAGCCCCAGGAUCCUUUUCAGGGUCAGAGACAUUUUUUUCUGCCUAGUCAAGCACCCGCAGCUUUGACCCAGUCUACCAGCAUUCCAAGGUGUCUUUUUAGUGCACCAAGCAAUCAGAUGUCUAAUAAACCCAAUGUUGAGUCUUCUCAAAUUGUGACUGUUCAGCCGAGACAAAUUAAUUUCGGCCCUAUUUUUACAUCCCCAACUGGACAGCUUACUCUAAAACAAGGGGCCCUUCUGUCGGGGUCCUUACCAAUUCAGUCUAGACCUCCUACAGUCUUCCAGAUGCCAGCACAGAUAACAGGGACCUAUGCAUCUCAAGUGCAGGGGCAGCAUGAUGCAAUGGUUCACAACGCUGUAGGAAACCAGAUCACACUGAUUAACCAUGCCAAUAUGCUCAUUUCGGAUAUGACCCCCGUACCAAUAGUGAAUGGUCAGUCAGUGAUGCAAAGUCUGCCUACAGUGCCUCCAGACCAAAGAGCUUUGCCAGAGGGACCUGAGAGGAAGAUGAGCCUAAUGUCCAAUCCAGCGCUUCUCUUGCCUGAGAAGACCAUAGGUGAUGAAGGGAAAGUCCAAAAAACACUUCAAUUCUUUAGAAAAGCUCCACGCAUGAACUGUGUUCCAACUGACAGGUCUCCUACACGUGGUGGCACCAUGGCUCAGUGUCACCUCACAGUAGGAAGGUCACUGGUUCAAGUCCCAGCUGGGCCAGGAGGCAUUUGUAUAGAGAUUGCAUAUUCUCCUCGUGUUGGGAGCAGUUGGGGCUUCGGUGCCUUGCUCAAGGGACUCAACUCAGCUGUAGUAUUGAGGGUGAAAGAGUACUUUUACCUUGCCCCACCUACAAUCCCUGCCAGUGCCGAGACUCAAACCUGCGACCUUUGGAUCACAAAGCUUACAGUCCCUCGUGCUAAGAAUAACAGUAGCAUGAUCUCUUCAGAACAGUUAGAGGAGAUGGUAAACCGGGGGUCCAGGAUGGAACCCAUGGACAAAGAGACCUAUUCAUCACUUCAGAAGGAGGUUCAGACAACAUCCGCAUACAAGGGCCUGAAAGAGGAGAAACUGACAUUAGCACAGAAGCAACAAAGGGUAAAACAGCAGAUGUUUUCGGACCACACUGCUGUUCUCAACCCAAACACUUCAGCUCCGUUUGUUUCAGUGGAGGACGCUGUCAGACAUUUGUUGCCGUACCAUUCUUGUGCUAGAGCCCUUCCCAGUCAGGCGGACUUCAUCUCAGUGGACAAGCAGUUUGAGUGUUUCUCAGUUGUUCUGUUGAAACGAAUCAAAGACAUGCUGAACAAGUACAGGCAACUUCUUCUGGCUGAAUCUCAGCAGGAGAGCCCGUCAGCAGAGAUGGUGAUGCUGGAGCGCUUGUUCCUCCAAUCCGAGAGACUCUCACUGGUGGAGGACAAACGCAGAGCCAGAAGAGAUCCAGAAUCUAUCCUGACGUCCCAGACUAGGAGCUCGACUCCAGUGUCAUCAGUCAAGGCUGGCCUUUCUGGUUGUCCCUCAUCUCCACCGUCAUGGACCUUGCAGUCCGAUAGACCUCCUGGCCUGAAGACAUAUCGCUCCAGCAGCAAAGGAGCGCUUCGCCUCACGAUCAAACAAGAGUCAGGGUCCUCUGCGACCGAAGCCACGAACACAGUCUGCGGAUUUAAGCGAAACUACAGCGAGCAGGUAACUAAGGGGAAACACCAAUUCAUCAAGCCUGCUUUGUCAAAUGUUGAAGAAGGCAAAAGUGAAUUCAAUAAGCUGAACCUUAACAAGGAAACAAAAAGGACAGAGAGUGAUUUGCAGAAUCUCAAUGAUUUGGUGACAAAUCCAGACUAUGUAGCUCAGAGGAAGGAAAGCUCAUUUCCAGAGCAGUGUUCUCCAGUGCUGAAGAGGAUCAGGCCAAUGGCUUCAACAGCAGAGUCUCUUUUAGAUGAUGGGGAACUGAGUGAAGACCUACAAAGUGCCAUAGACAGCAUCUUGGAGCUGCAGAGACUGCAGGGAUCUGGAGCAGGGCUUAAAACAAAGAACCAUCAGCAUCAUGCACUGGAGCAGGCAGUCGGCAGCAUGCUAGGUGGACACCUUUGAGAUGACAAAGUGCUAAAUGAAAGAAAAUGCCUCAGGACUUACCUUUUUGUGCAGUAUAUGUGGCUUACGUAUCCUGCAGUCCACAUCCAGCAGAGACCAAUUUAAUCAAUUCAUUUUCCAGAGGAAGAAAAGUGCUAUUUAUUAUUAUUUAUUGUGCAAAACAGAGUGUAUAGAAGCAGCCAGGGUUUUUGAAUCCUUGGGAUUUUUUUGUGAAUACAGUUUAUAAGUCUAUGGGUUUAAUAUAACUUCAAAAACACAAGUGCAGUUUGGCUGUAUGUAUAUGCCAUUUUAAUGUGAAUGUGUCUAUGAUAAGACAACUCUUCC